AUGUCUGAGGGGGAUUUUCACUACGAGCAGAAACGCCUGGAAAACGAUCUUAUUGCUUUGGAAGUAUUUGAUGCAUGUACCAACUGCCUGUUCGCAGAAGAGGUCAAAAACAGACCAGAAAUUACGAAAUAUGUCGUCUUUCCUGAAAUCAAAAAGGAGAGUGAUCUGAGAGCAGUCUACGAUGGUAUACGUGCCUCACCAGCGGACUGCCUAUAUGCCAUUAUAGAUAAAUCAUCAACCGUUGAAGAAUAUGCCGGAACAAUCGCUCUGACUUCCACAGACGUCACCUACGCAACCACAGAAAUGGGCAUCAUGGUCUUCGCAGAAUUCCAACGUUCUCAUGUGACGACCAACGCGAUUGGCUUGCUCCUCCAAUAUACCCUGGACCCGCCGUCAGCUGGUGGUUUAGGUCUACGACGUGUGGAGUGGAAGUGUCAUUCUGAAAAUGCGGCAUCCCGAAAAGCUGCUUUACGCAUGGGGUUUGAGUUUGAGGGCAUCGCGCGGUGGCAUCGUGCAUUUGCAAUCGGGAGCCCAGUGGAGGCUCUUGAGAAGAGAAACGGAACCCAAGGAGAAUUACCGGGGAGACAUACUGCUUCAUACUCAAUUGUCUGGGAAGAAUGGGAUGCAAAGCGAUCUGCGGUUUUGGCACAAAUGGAGCGGAAGCACUGA